UUCGGCCUGUCACUUGUGCCACUCAUGCUACAACUGCAACUGAGUCCAGAAAGUACAAAAAGGAAGAAUGAACUCGGCUGGAAAAAAGAGAGGACCGCACUGCGAUAAUUCGCGAGAAAAGAAUCCGGCGUCGCGUUUAUGAUUACUUUCGUUUGUAGUUAAACCGACAUACCUCCGCACCCCGCCGGAAUAUAAAGCCGCAGGCCUCGAGGAAGAGAGAAUAAAAAAGAAACAGCGUCGAAGAAAGGUAGCAAUCACGAGCCGUUGCAAGGGCCUUUCUCUUUCUCGCGAAGGUACGGUAAUUGGGCCCUGAGUCUCUCUCUGUCUCUCUUUCACCUGUGCAUCGCUGCGUACGAGAGGCAGACAGAGAGAUACAUAUCGAGCGCAAGCCAGGAAAGAGAGAAUAGCAGCCGCUCGGUUCCGUUUAUGCCUCUUGACGCUGAAUACCAAGUUUAAUGGCUAAUGGAGGAUUCAGCAACGGCUAGCUGCUCGUGCGUGACACACCGCGGUGUGCCAUUGUUGCUUUCUGCGUCUGCUUGAAUUGAUGAUAUACUUUUUAUUCUGAUUCGCGGAAUACGUAUUCAAAUCUUCUCUGGGUCAAUUUCGCUCGAUUGACUUUCUACGCGGCUAUUUAUAUCCGUAGUCGUCGAGGUAAUUCAAUUGCUUGUCUAAGUUAUACAUCCGCGUCGCCUAAUCGGAAGAUUCCGCUGGAAAUUUCGCACCGAUCGAUCAAGGGCCCAAAAAAGGCCCGUAUUCCCCCUUCCCCUCUCCUGGUCUCACGGUAAACAAGUGAAUUCCACUUUCCAUGGGAGGAAUUUUUGUUUCGUCGAAAAAUGUGAACCGUGCGCGCGCGCGCACGCGGAAGAUAUUGAAUGAGAAAGAGAAAAGAGGAAGAGAGGCAGCAGCGCGCGCGGGGCCUGACGCUGGGCCCACUGGUGGGGGAAGCGGCAGUAGCAGCGCCCGCGCGGAGAGUAGGUCAGUGGGACAUUGGUGCUCGGGCUGCUGGAUCGGCGUGCUCGCGUUCAGUCAGUCUCCGUCGGGCAGAUACGUCACGCCGCUCCGUGUGCUGGGCCUGAGCUGCCGCGAGUUUCGAAUUGUCGGUCUACACACGAGGUGGGCCUCACCGAUGAAGCGCCUCUGAUUUCGAACGGCUUUUUUCUCUCUUCUUCUUUUCUCUUCUCUUUGCGAGGAUUCUGUCUUCUUGUCCUCUUUUCUCUCUCCUCUUCUCUCUCGUCGCGAGUUUCGACCACGUGGGUGCAGUACAGUCAUUCGGCGAGGAAAUUCGCGCCGCUGGAGAGCUGGAGCAGCACCUUUGACAAAUAGCGCAACAAACUCACAGACGAUGGACAGGACGCGGAGGAGUUUACGGAAGACGGCCCUGUCGUUAUUGCUGCCGUUGCUUUUGUUGGCAAGCGCAAAUGGCGAAGCGCCACUGGUGGACAGCAGCGCGUUGCCGUUGGAGCACCGCUCGGUCUACGGACCCCCGGCCCAAUACGGUGCACCCGGAGGCUCUCACGGAGGUGCCGAGGAGAACUGGCCGCUCGCCUCUCCCGACACGCCCCAGAUUAAGCACCUGCAGGUGCAGUGCGAGAAGACGCACAUGCGCGUCAACAUCGAGUUCGAUCGACCCUUCUACGGGAUGAUCUUCAGCAAGGGAUUCUACUCCGACCCUCACUGCGUUCAUCUGAAGCCUGGCACUGGUCACCUCAGCGCCACCUUCGAGAUCUUCCUCAACUCCUGCGGAAUGAGUUCCUCGGCCAACCACAACGUUGCACCCUACGGCUCACCGACGCCCUCGGGUAGCUACGUCGAGAACACCAUCAUCAUCCAGUACGAUCCCUACGUCCAGGAGGUCUGGGAUCAGGCCAGGAAGCUCAGGUGCACCUGGUACGACUUCUACGAGAAGGCCGUCACCUUCAGACCAUUCCAGGUCGACAUGCUGCACGCCGUCACGGCCAACUUCUUGGGAGACAACCUCCAGUGCUGGAUGCAGAUCCAGGUCGGUAAGGGACCCUGGGCCUCCGAGGUGUCCGGUAUCGUCAAGAUCGGACAGACCAUGACAAUGGUCUUGGCCAUCAAGGACGACGAGAAUAAGUUCGACAUGCUCGUGAGGAACUGCGUUGCUCACGACGGAAAGAGGGCGCCCAUCCAGCUGGUUGACCAGUACGGAUGUGUCGUUAGGCCCAAGAUCAUGUCCAGGUUCCAGAAGAUCAAGAACUUUGGACCAAGCGCCUCGGUGGUGAGCUUCGCCUACUUCCAGGCCUUCAAGUUCCCCGACAGCAUGAACGUGCACUUCCAGUGCGUCAUCCAGGUUUGCCGCUACAACUGCCCCGAGCCCAAGUGCGGUCACCCUGGUCUCGAGUACGGCGCCGCCUCCAACUCCAUCUCCUCCGAGUACGGAGCACCAGUUCACCAGGGACUCUCGUCCGAGUACGGAGCACCUCCGUUACCCGAGUACGGAAUCCCACCAGCAUACCCCGAUCCCCGUCAUCCAAGCGGACCGGCUGGAGCAUACAGCGAGCCGAGUCCCGACGUAGUACCAGCCCCGCAAGCUCAGACCUCCUCGUCAUCGCCCAGCUCGACGUCGACGGGUAACGAAGCCACGGCCAGUAGCAGCGCACCCCAGCAAUCAUCCCAGCAGCAGCAACAGCAGCAGCAACAAGACAGCAUCCACCUGCCACCUCCUCCUCUGCCCGGACACCCCGCGGCCGCUUAUCAGACCGUCAAGAGGAAGGGAACCGUCGGCAGCGACGAGCUCGAAGGCAAUCUCGCGACGCUCGGCGGAAGGCCGAGGUCCGUCGAGGGUCUCCCCGCUGAGCUGCGCGGCGCCAGGAGACGAAGGAACGUCAUCGCUGCUGACGAGGACGACGAGAACGAGAGCUUCUUCCACACGGUGACGCUCGUCACCUCGCACGUGUACAAGCGAGCCGCCCAAGAGAUGACGGACGUCAACACCUCGCGCAUAAUCCAGGUCGUCGCUCCCGGAGACGUGAACUUCGCCCUGGGCAACACGAGCUCCGACAACGACACGACCGUCGUCAUCCAGGACGCCGCGUCGAACAGUGACCCCGAGACCAUCUGCAUGUCCCUCCCGGGCUUCGUCGGCGGCCUCGUCAUGCUGCUGCUCGUCAUCGUCGUCGCCUCGCUCGUCGCCGCGUUCCUCUUCGUGCGCGUCCGCGCCGUCGAUCGCAAAAACGCCGGCAUCAGCUUGGGCUUCGCUCAUCCGGCUUACGUCACCGAGAACCCCGAGCUCGUCAAGGUCGCCAACUGAACGGCCGCAGUUUGAAGCUCGACUUUCGUGCUGACUCUUGUUAAAGCAACGAUCAAAGAGAGAGAUAGACGACGACGGUAGUCACACGGCCCAGCAGGCGGAGUCCCGCCGGCUGUCGCUGAUUAUCCCGUCGUUGUCGCGGGGCUAUGCUAAAUAACCCCUCGAUUCGAUCUUUCGAUGUUUCAUGCUACUGUAAACGUUCAUAAAUCUCCCUCUCUCUCUCUCUCUCUCUCUCUCUCUCUCUCUCUCUCUCUCUCUCUCUCAACCCCCGCGUAUAAACGUGUCUUACUCCUCCGCGUCCCUCUCUUUCUCUCUCUUUUCUCUCUCUAUCUCUCGCGGCAGCUCAGACGCGCGAUAUGCCUUCCCUCCGAGCUUCUCGCAGCGAGGGGAUAAUGGUACAACAAGGGUAUGAUAACGAUGAUAAUAAUUCGAGGUCGAGUCCCACUUCAGAGGAUCUGCGUAUUCGCUUGCGGGGAUCGAUACUCUGCCGUAUAGAUUCCACAUACGGCGAUCGUCAUCGUCGUCCGGAUCCAACGAGCUUUCGGAGAUGGCGAUGAACAAAUCGGUCCGGCAAAACGAAUAUUCACUCCGCAUUAUAAGGGGAUGUCGUUUAACACGAGCGGUGUCGAACGACGGACAAAGACUGAAUGAUCGGUUCUCACUCCUCGAGAAGCUCGAAGAGAAGGAGUCGCCCUUUCUUCUCGUUGACGAGAGAGAAAAAAAGCUCGCUACGUAUUCGCACACCUCCGUCCGGUCCCUUCAGGUGGGACGCUCCGAUGACGUGCUCGCUGUGUAAAUAUUGGAGAGGAACUCGGGGGGACGGACGGAGAUUCGACGAUGGAGAGAAAAAGAGAGAGAGAAAGGAAGGAAGCCCGAGAAGACGAGAAAAAAGACGAGAGCUUGAGGAGCACUCGCGGUGUACAUAUUUUUUUUUGUAUCGUUUGUUUGUUUUUUCUUUCUUGUCCUCGACAAGCACGACGAUGCGCGACGACGAAAAGAGCUCGUACUAUACUUGAUAUCUGUCUCUCAACAUCGCAUCGAGAACCCUAUAUUGUAUACGCGUUAUAUUAUAGUUGUGUAUCGAAGAAACGCUCGCGUCGCGGAUGCAGUGCGCGCAGACGUUGAAUUAUUGUAAUGUAUAUUUUAACAUAGCUGCUACUACUAUAAUACUGGAGUUAUAGGCUUUGUGGUUUGGUCGACUCUCGGACGUGUAUGAACCAGUGUUCUUAGUCUCACUGUCUGCGCUCACUGCCUCCGCGAACCAUUCAUUGUUUGUACUAUUUAAUUGCGACGAGUGACCACGCGUGCUUCGUACAUUGUAUUUUUCCUAACCACCCCUCUCCCCUUCCUAUCAUUUUAUCAUCAUUUGCCAUCGAGCGUCGCUCCACUCGAGCUACGCAGUCUCUCUUUCCCUCUUCCUAUCUACGCAUAUAUUUAUUUUUUAUUUAAAUUAAAAUUAAUAAAAAAAGAAGCAAAUUAACAAAA